CACUGACUGCUCUCUCAUCCUCACACACUCUCACUCGCUCAAGCGCACACAUGUUCACACAAACCCAAACAAACGCACUUUUCACUGCUCUCUCCAAUCUUGUAUCUCUGGAUGUCUCCAUGUGUGGCUUUCAGGUAUAGACACCUAUUGCUGUAAGUGGGUGUGCCAUGGCAGGGUGGAGGACUGUAGGGGCCACUAUGAUGGUUGUUGGACUGCUCAGCAUUCUCUGUGGAGUCCUUGCCUUCUUCCCUGCUGGGUCCUAUCACCCCUGGUUCAUCAGCUGGGAUGCCCAGAUCGCUGGCCCAGUCUGGACAGGAGCUCUGGCCACGAUAACAGGAGCCAGUGUUGUCAUGGCGAACAGAGACCAAAACAGGAAGUCUUUGUGGGAGGUGGUCUACGUCUUUUCCAUCCUGACCUCUGUGACCUGUCUGUUGAUGUUUGCCGUUGCCACGGCAGCGGUGUUGACCGGACCACUGUGUUAUUACUCGUACCGUGGGGCGGUGGGGAUCGGGUACCUCUCCCACGCCGUCCGGUAUCCAUACCCUUACCAAGGCGGGCCAGGGCUGUGUCUGGACCCCCUUGGGGCAGAAUGGUACCACCUGGUCUUACACACCAUGGACCUGCUUACCAGCACCACUAUCUUCAUCCUGUCCCUCGGCAUCGUCGUAAUCCUCACCAAAAGCCUGCUGCACUCGGGGCACGUGAGCGUGAGAGGGUGAAACCUCAAGGCUCCAACCACACACACGCAGACACAGCAUCAACCAGGGACCAGAGUCGUCGCGCCAGACGAAUAUCUGGGCUUUGGACACCAAGCUUGAGAAUGCCCUGCAUUAGAUAUGAGUAGGUUAGUUGAAGGUUCUGUCUAUCUGUUUGUUUCUCUGCAUGGAGGUCACCUCAUGUUUUUUUUUUCUUCACUGGAAUGCAGGAAUGCAAUGCCAUGGAAUGAGAAAAAUGCUAUGUACCCUCCCAGCCCUCCCUCCAUCCCUCCCUUUAUCCCAGGGAUACUCAAUGCCAAGUAGGGUCUGUGCUAUAAACCAGAGGUCUCUUCAAGGCCUUCUGCAUGAGAUCCACAUGGUUGUCGUGUCAGAUCAACAGCUCACGGACUCCCCUUUUCCCAUUCUGGGCUUGAGAUUAAAGCUUGCGGCGGCAUUUGCGGCUUGCUGCCUGUCCAUUGUGCUACCAGAUCCACAGACGAGGUCGUUUGUACUCCGGAUCUUAUCCUUGACGUCAGUAUCACCCCUGAAUCACACACAUUCCACUCCCAUGAGGCACACGCCCACUCUGAAGUGAUGUCAUGUGGUGUGAUGUCAUCACUGGAUCGCCGUCCACUGUGGCUUAGACGGAACACAUGACAGGCCGAGGCUGGGGAGAGGCUGGAAAAGAGAGGCUGAGUCAAUUCUAGAGGGGGUCGAGAGAGGCUGGAGAGGUUGC